AUGAAAUUCCAACACGUCGCACCGGUGUGCCUUGCGGGCUGUGCCCUGGCCUUGCCGACUCCGGUCGAGAAGAGACAGGAUCUCUCCGACCUCCUUCCGUUCCCUAUCCCAAGCGGUCUAAUUCCGACUGGCCUCUCCCUCCCAUCUGGUCUCUCCCUCCCUUCAGGCCUCCCCAGCUUCUCUCUGCCUACGGAUCUGUCCGACCUAGGCUUGAAGCGCCGGGACGUGCCCUUCUCUUUGCCCUCUGGUGCUGCACUCCCUACAGACUCCCCGGGACUGUCUCAGCUACUGCCAUCUGGUCUUCCCGACCUGUCCGGCCUCGGCAUCACCCUUCCCACCGGGCUUCCAUUUGAGAAGCGCCAAUUCGGCGGUGGUGGGGGGCCUGAAGGCGGAUCAUCUGGUGGUCCAUCCUUCGGCGGCGGCGACUCCGGCUCAUCCUCCAGUCCCUUCGGUGGCCUAUCCGGCUUUGGUGGUGACUCCUCUUCCUCCGACUCCUCCAGCCCCUUCGGAGGCCUACCCGGCCUUGGUGGUAGUGGCUCAUCCUCCUCCCAGUCCGGUGGCUCUCCCUCGCCCUCCAGCGGCUCAUCCUCCUCCGGUGGAAUCCCCGACUUCCUCAACGGCCUCGGAGGCUCUUCCAGCGAUUCUUCUAGCUCUGAUCAGCCCUCCAGCGGCAGCCCUCUCGGCGGCCUCUCCGGUAUCUUUGGCGGGCUCGGAGGCGACUCCUCCCAGUCUUCCAGCGGCCCCUCUAGCUCCUCCCAGCCCUCCAGCAGCGACCCCUUCGGCGGACUCUCCGGUAUCUUAGGCUCUCUCGGGGGCGGCUCCAGCUCCUCCUCGUCCGGGGGUGACUCCUCCAGCCCUUCCCAACCCUCCGGCAGCUUCCCUAACCCCUUCAGCGGCUCCUCUUCCUCUUCCUCUUCCUCCGACUCUUCUGCCCCGGCUCAGCCCAGCGGCGACGCCCCCAAGCCCGAAGCAAGCGGCAGUGCCCCCCAGCCCAGCGCCGCCUUCCCAAGCAUCAGCCUUCCCGAGCCUACCGGCAGUAGCAGCAGCAGCAGCAGCAGCUCUUCCGACUCCAGCGACAGCGACAGCGACAGCGGCUCUUCAUCCUCUGCGUCGGACUCCGAGCCCUCUCUUAGCCUUCCGACUCCGUUGGCGUUCUCGCCCGGUGGUCUGAACCUCCCGGCUCCUUCGUCUAGCUCGGCUGUUCCGACCAGCUCGGCUGUUCCUACUAGUGCGGCUGUGCCGACUGCGCCGUCUUCGUUUAAGCAGUUCUUUGCUUAG